AUGAAGAGGACUCUGGAGGCAUACAGCCAGCAGUUCACCCCGCUGUGGGAGGGCUUCAUGGGGAGUGAACACACUCCCAGGUCAGGAGUCACCUUCACUCAACACACUCACUAGCAGUACUGACACAAGUGCUCCAGUAGGGUUACAUGUAUGUCAUGUAUUCCUGUCCACUGGCAUACCAUUCUGAUGGCUGAUGUGUUUUACGUGAUGUUUUUGCAUGGCCUGCUGCACUCUACGCCACUAAUACUGAUAUGUGUGUGUCAGUCUCGCAGAGCUGGAGCAGCUGCUGACAAACUGUAGUGCUUUCAUCUUCCAUGGAAUGGAGCGCUUUCUCGCAAACAUCCCACCAUCCAAGCUGGCUGCCCUCAACCUUUCUGGUACUGUAUCCAAUACCUAUCUACUUUUUUUUGGUUAAGUUAUGAUGGGGAAUAUUUGUAAAAAUUAUCCUAAAAUGUCACGUUAUGUCAAAGAUCUGAAGGUCUUUGGAUAUUAUGUGGUGAUAAUAUGAUUUAUUUAAUCAAAUUAAGGAUUUUCCAGAGUCAGUGAUGGAGAGAAAAAAUCCCCAAUAUACAUUUUAAAUAGGACUGUGUGUAGCUUAUGUACGUAAAUGGAGCAGUAGGCUUAAUCUCUUUAAACACAUCAAUCUUUAAUUCCCUGAGUGGAUAUAUUUAGAAAGACAGCAAUGUGAAAUCAAUUAGAUUUUAUUAUAGGCCCUUUGCUGUUACAUUUUCCAAGUUUCACCAAGCACUUGUAGAAAUGAUACAGAGAUUCAGAAUGAAUGGAUUAGGAAUAAUCAGUAGGGUUAGAUCAUUUAUUAACAUGAUAUAGGCCCAGUAAUUGUUUGAUGUAGGUUUAAUGUAACAAGUGUGCAUUGGAGAUGUUAAUCAGAUUGUUCUGAAUCUGUCGCCUGGAGUUGAAGUAGUUAUUAUAGGCACUAGAGAGCAAGCUGUCAAUUAACGUUCAUCUCACAUUGAAUAGUUCCCUGGACAGGAACACUGGCGUUAACAUUCCAGCAGAUCAGAGUCUGGAGCUGACAGUGACCCACCUGUGGCCUAACCGGGUGUGUUACACUUUGGCAGAUCCAUUGACAAACACCUCCGCAGUUGAUUUUGACUAGGGGCCUUGUCUAUAAACAUUGCUUACACCAAUUGCCACACAAAAAUCUGUACAAGGUCGUAGUGCUGUAGUACAUUAAAGAGUAAAUGGAAAUAGACACUUGACUAACACGUUCAUUGACCAUAAAUAAUUACAUGUUUUUGCUGAACUUACAGUAUGUUAUGAAAAGAAUAGCUACGUUUUUUCUUCUCAUUUGCAUUAUAUGAAAUUAAAUACCAGUGUCUGAAUAGAGCAUAAAGCAGCCCCGUCCAGAGGUAAAAAAAUUGGUUUUUGGGUUGAUUCUCAUAAUGUUCAUAUUGCAGGCCUUUUGUAUUUUGGAGACAGAGACUCUACCCUUUCCUCAGUGGCUGCUGUCUUGAUUCCUUUUUUAGGAUACUUUUUCCCCCAAUCUUCCUUAAAUAACUGAUCACACACCCCAAAAAGCCUUCCGACUUUUCACACCUUUCAAACCCUUUUCAUACUUUUCAAACCCUUUUUCACAGGCAUGGCUCUUGGCCUUGAUUUAUUAUUUUUUUACUUCCUCCAAAACAAAGGAUGUUUUGGGUGUGGAUGACACUGGGUGUAUUUGAUCUGAUUGACAGGGGAAGUCAGGCUGACCUUACACAUCACCCUGGGCCUCACAAUACCAUCCACUAUCAUAGACAGGCUGGGCUUUGGCACUUCUAACCCAACAAAGUGGUGAGGAAUGUUCAAACUAUGUUGCCUAGUCUGAAUAACAGCUGUUACUCGAUAACAAGCCAACCCCACUCAGUGAACAAACCAGCAGGAACAAGGUGUUUGCAGAUGUUAUAGAUAGUUUCAAGUUUUAAUAUCACAUGCACAAGUACAAGUACAGUGAAAUGCCUUUUUUGCAUCAGACCAAGAUGUUCAGAACUGAUCUAGAGCAGAGGGAGGGAGUAUGAGUUAUAGAUGAGUCACUUCCUGCACUCACAGUCUAAUGCCUGAAGAGAUUUUUGGCCAUAACUAACUGUGCUUGUUGGAAGCAUGAACAUGAAUCAACAGCUCUCUUCUCUUUUUCCUUUCGUCUAGCCUCACACACUGGCCUAAAUUCAUUGACCUUCCUUCAUAGCAUAUCUAGGGGCUACGGACGAGAAUUUGCCCUUUUACUAACUCCGGCACCUUUACAUUGAUGUAAACAAGGAAAUGUUAAUUAAUGUGCACGGUCCCUGACAAAUAAAUUCCAUAAAUAAAUAAUUACAAUAAUACAUAGGUGAGUCAUUCCACCAAUAGAGUGCCUUUUGGGUAGUGUAAUUUGCUCCCCAUAAACUAUUUAUUUCACCUAAUUUCAACAUUUUGUCAUAAAGAGCACAUGGUCAACUUCAUAAAAAGCAUGUUUUCACAUCUUAUAAGGGUUACAUUAAGUGUCAUUUAAAGUAACAGGGUUGACGUAACAAGGCUGACGAUUUCAUCUUAAAUCAGCCAUAACUCCCCUUGUGACAGGGGGAAUGGAAGCUUGUUGUGUGCAACAUGGAGUGGCAAUUGAAUGUAAAUUACAUUUUUUUUUUUUUUUUAUGUCUAGCCUAUCAAUGGUACAGGGUUGACGUGUUAUGCUCGACCCGUUCAGUUUUCCACCACAAAACACCAGAAAAUGGCCAAUAAGAGUAGAACCAGCUCACCUGCUUUUACACUGACUUGACUGAUGUUUCUUUUGAAAAUAUAAUUUAAAGGAAUAGUUUCACAAUAUUAAAAUGAGAGUUCAGUAGAAACAGGGUUGAGCUUAAAAUGAGGGACAAAUAUAAAUUAAUCACUAAUAAUGUGAAAUAAAUAAUAAUCUUCAGAAAUGACUUUGUCAAACAACGAAGUAACUAGGGCUUUACAAUGAUGGUGAAAACUUGUGGACAUUUUUGGAUAAAGUGGUUAAAAUCUUCCUAGAAAUCGGAAAAACAUGCACUUUAGCAAGUUUUUGUUCAUAUAAAAAAUCUAAUUUUAUAGAACUUUCCAUGUGGUUUAUAUUAGGUGCACUUAAUUUAAUAUAACAGGCUUUUAAUAUGUAAUAUUGGUGCACAAUUUUACAUAAAAUAUCAAAGGGAUUCAAAAGUCACUAUUUGUGGAACGAUCCAUGACCAAAUGAUGAUAAUGUGUUGUUAUUUGUCCUCAGAGUGCCAGAUGGCUAUCCUUUUUGACCUCGUCCAGAACAGCGCCAGCAUGCUACGGCAAUCCAAGCUAGAUGUGCAAAAGAGGUAACGCAUUGCAUGCGCUUACUAUGACAUUAUCCAAUGAAGUGUAUUAAGUUGCAUCCCCUCUUGCCCUCCUUCACAGGCAGUGCACAAUACAGCACAUGUAGUACAGCUGUUUGAUGCUUUGUCUCAGGAUGGUAAUGAGAAGACACUGGACAGUUCCCUUUUAGUCUUCAUGUGUCUCUGUCUCUCUUUCUAUCCAUCUUUCUAUCCCUCUUUCUACCUCUAUCUAUAUAUUCUCAAUCUAUCUCCCCCUCUGUCACUCCCCUUUCUAUCCAUCUCUUUUUCUCUCUCUUUCUCGCUGUCUAUCUCUCUCGCUCUCCCUCUCCUGUAGUGAUGGGCACCUGGCCCUGGAGAGGCCCCUGGAGACGGCCCUGCUGCUCACUCUGAGUGGUGUCCGUUGUGUUCUGCUCAACCAGUGGCACAGUAGUCCCCAGAGGAACAUAAAUAACAUGGACUCCGUCAUGGAGAGUGAGUUCAAUACACUGUUACUGAUGCACAUUACUGUAUGUAAAUUAAAAACAGUUUCAUAUAAACCUAAACUGGGACAUGCCAGCAUUAAUUUAAGGUGUGAUAUGAAGUCUAAGAAUAGCCCUAAUAUGUGUUGUGUACUGUGUGUUUUCAUGUGUUGUAGAUCUCCUGAGGGUGGGCCUGACCUCUGGCCAGACUGUCCAUGCACUGAGGAAGGGAGAAGUCCAGAGCACAGAGAAAGACACAAACACUGCAGGAUCAGAUGGUAGGCUAUAUACUGUAUACCAUCACUACAACUCUGGGGCUGGGCCAUAUUCAAUCAUAUCUGGUAGCCUGGAUUAUAAAUUAGAGAUAGUAUUCUGUUAGGGAGUGAGAAAAUAUGUUGAAAUUGAUAUGUUGUCAAAUAUACCUAUUUGGAAGAAUGUUGAGUGCUUUUUGCAUAAAAAGAUGCCAUGGGAUGAAUUUGCUCCAUUGUUUACAGUUUUUUUGGUGGCACUAUGCUGGAAUGAGCCUUUAACCCUUUACACUCUUGGGAAUUGGCCUAUAUGGAUUGGGCUGAAUUGAAAUGUUUCUUACAGAAGAAAUAUGAAAUGCAUAUGCAUAACCAUGGUAGCAAUUGAAAGGGAACAGUUUGGAGAUAAUGGGACAAUUAUUAGACCAAAGGUGAGUACAAAACAGUUCACCUGACACAACACUGAAUCCAAAGAUUACACUGUUGAUGUUAUGUGCAUUUUACAUUUACUUGACUUUUCACCAUAUUUGUUGAUAACGAAAUCUGAAAAUGUUCUGGAUACAUUCAGUAACAAAAUAAGAAUAUUCCUGGAAAAUGUUGGGUAGGUGCAACACAAAUUGCAAGGGUUUGAGUGAGCCAACUAACUGGUGUCUCCAAGCGGCCACACACCUCCAAAGUGUGCACAGUUCCUAAGCAAUUUCAACUACAGUUGAAGUCGGAAGUUUACAUACACUUAGGCUGGAGUCAUUAAAACUCGUUUUUCAACCACUCCACAAAUUUCUUGUUAACAAACUAUAGUUUUGGCAAGUCGGUCAGGACAUCUACUUUGUGCAUGACACAAGUAAUUGUUCCAACAAUUGUUUACAGACAGAUUAUUUCACUUAUAAUUCACUGUAUCACAAUUCCAGUGGGUCAGAAGUUUACAUACACUAAGUUGACUGUGCCUUUAAACAGCUUGGAAUAUUCCAGAAAAUGAUGUCAUGGCUUUAGAAGCUUCUGAUAGGCUAAUUGACAUCAUUUGAGUCAAUUGGAGGUGUACCUGUGGAUGUAUUUCAAGGCCUACCUUCAAACUCAGUGCCUCUUUGCUUGACAUCAUGGGAAAAUCAAAAGAAAUCAGCCAAGACCUCAAUUUCCAAACGCCUGAAGGUACCACGUUCAUCUGUACAAACACCAUGGGACCACGCAGCCGUCAUACCGCUCAGGAAGGAGACGUGUUCUGUCUCCUAGAGAUAAACAUACUUUGGUGCGAAAAGUGCAAAUCAAUCCCAGAACAACAGCAAAGGACCUUGUGAAGAUGCUGGAGGAAACAGGUACAAAAGUAUCAAUAUCCACAUUAAAACAGCAAGGAAGAAGCCACUGCUCCAAAACCGCCAUAAAAAAGACAGACUACGGUUUGCAACUGCACAUUGGGACAAAGAUCGUACUUUUUGGAGAAAUGUCCUCUGGUCUGAUGAAACAAAAAUGUAACUGUUUGGCCAUAAUGACCAUCGUUAUGUUUGGAGGAAAAAGGAAGUAACUUGCAAGACGAAGAACACCAUCCCAACCGUGAAGCACGGGGGUGGCAGCAUCAUGCUGUGGGGGUGCUUUGCUGCAGGAGGGACUGGUACACUUCACAAAAUAGAUGGCAUCAUGAGGAAGGAAAAUUAUGUGGAUAUAUUGAAGCAACAUCUCAAGACAUCAGUCAGGAAGUUAAAACUUGGUCGCAAAUGGGUCAAAAUGGCUUAAGGACAACAAAGGCAAGGUAUUGGAAUGGCCAUCCCAAAGCCCUGACCUCAAAUCCUAUAGAAAAUGUGUGGGCAGAACUGAAAAGGCGUGUGCGAGCAAGGAGGCCUACAAACCUGACUCAGUUACACCAGCUCUGUCAGGAGUAAUGGGCAAAAUAUUCACCCAACUUAUUGUGGGAAGCUUGUGGAAGGCUACCUGAAACGUUUGACCCAAGUUAAACAAUUUAAAGGCAAUGCUACCAAAUACUAAUUGAGUGUAAGUAAACUUCUGACCCACUGGGAAUGUGAUGAAAUAAAUAAAAGCUGAAAUAAAUCAUUCUCUCUACUAUUAUUCUGACAUUUCACAUUCUUAAAAGAAAGUGGUGAUCCUAACUGACCUAAGACAGGGAAUUUUUACUAGGAUUAAAUGUCAGGAAUUGUGAAAAACUGAGUUUAAAUGUAUUUGGCUAAGGUGUGUAAUGUAAACUUCCGACUUCAACUGUAUAAGGUACUUUUUUUUCAAGCUUUCCUAGCUGUGCUGUUAAGGAACUAGAGGAAGCAUACUUGCAGUCGUUUCAUUUGGAACACAACCCUGCAUCCCUGCUAUCACACAAUUACUGUUGUUGUUUAUGCAAUCGAAAACGGUCCAUUAUAAAUCACAAUCUGGGUCAGGUGGGCAUGACUUGAAAGCUUGUUCUAUUGCCAACAUGACUAGCUAAGUUAUAAAAUAUAAUUUUACAUUGUUAGGCUUUCACGAGGCAAUUCAAAGAAACAGCUCGUAGUUUUGGUGCGUAUAGAGAGGAGUCAUGAGUGUAUUCAGGUGCGUGUGCCGCAGUUACUUUUAUUCAAAAUAUACAAACUUAGGCUCAUUCUGUUCAGAACAAUCCAGGGUAUGACGCCAUGUAAUCUUGUAACUGUACAUCAAACAUAGUGAUCAUGAAUAUUGACACUGUAUGUGACAUGAGUUUGGAAAUGUGAAGUGCACAUUUGGAGUCACGGGUGUUUGGCUUGCUUUUAUGACAUCAAAGCGGUAUUUAUUAUAAUCCUCAACAUCUCAUCUUUCAAAAUACACAGAGUCAUCUUAAUUUACAGCAUUUUCCUCACUCAGACAACAAAACAUUUACAAAAGUUGCCCAUUUAACUGGGAGGGAUGGGGGCAACUUCUUGUCACAUGCGGUGCUCAAGUUCAGAACAGCUGUCAGUCAAAACCCAUACAGAGCUGUAAAGCGGAGAACCUGAGCUCUACAUCAUGUAUAGCAUGUUACUGUACAGCCACUGUGUUCCAAUGUAGGUUCUUAUUAGUGCUCAAAUCUGCCAUUUACAACCCGUAUACGGGUACGAGUGUAAAGGGUUAAGUGCAUGUAUUCAGACGUCAAUCAGUCUUGAACCAAGCAAAAUGUGAUUUUUUACUUAUCCCAUUCAUGACACAGUUCCUAGAAUUAAAAUGUUCCUAAAACGGAAUACUCUGUCAAUUAUUAUGAUUUGAAAGACGGAGCACAUUGUGUGUGCUACCUAUGUCACUCUCACUCCCUUUUAGUCCUCAUGUGUCAUCUCUCUCUCUCUUACUCUCUCUUUCUCUUUUCUCUACAGAUACCGUAUGUCAUGAAGAUUCAGGAAAUAGAGAUGGGAAUGCUCAUGACGCUCAACCAAGAGUGACCCCUUCACCAUCAGCCUUCAAUUGUGUCAUCUAUGGACUGCCUAACUUAGUUGUUACAUGA